AUGCCCUCGACCACACUACCUCUGCUACGAGACCUCGAAUCGCUCAACACCUUUACCGAUCUUUCCCAUCUCCUCGCUACUACGAAGGAAACUCAAAAGCUCGAAAUGGCGGAACCUGGGAGUCGUGGCUCUGACAUGCAAAUCAUGGCCGUCGUUGAUGAGGAUGAGAAGAAGAAGUAG